CACACACACUGAGAAGUUGUUCCCUCCUGCACCCAGAAAGAAUAGCGUGUCGGAGGACAACCAGGGUGCGGAAAUAAAAUUGGACGAAAUGACCCAGUGACAGCAGGUGGCGUAUUGGUUAGAGGUGCUGCCUUCCACCUGAAGGGCCCAGAUAUUCCAGUUCCUUUGCUGUGGUGCCCUUGGCUUGAGCCAGGAUGUGAUGGAGAGGAAUGCAACAAAAAUGGCAGGAAAAAGGCAGAAGCAAUGACACUGAGAAAAGAAGAUAUGUGCAUGUUUGGACACUGCCCUGCACACGAUGACUUCUACCUGGUUGUCUGCAGUCACUGUGGUCAGGUGGUGAAGCCGCAGGCAUUCGAGCGGCAUUGCGAGAGGCGACACGGCUCUCUAAGGAAGCUGUAUGGGCGCCUCCGCGCCUCCCCCCUGGCUUCUGUGCAGCGGCUGCGGCAUGGACCCCCCCACGCCCCGCAUGGGAUGUCACACGCCACGAGUGAUGGAAAGCACCAAGGGGUGGGCCCCCCACUCCAGUGCCCCCUCGCUUCCUCCCAGAUCCGACAUGGCAAGCCCCAGAGGGAAGCACCAGGCCUUUCAGCCCCAGAAAAGGGUUCCCAAGCAGCUCCACCUGGAGACUCUUCUUCAAGACUGCCCUCCCUUUCGGCCUCCUCCCCAGGUUCCCCAGCCCCCAGUCUUAAAGACCCCCCUUGGCAGAAAGGGUCAACUCUGCCAAGUGGACCCUCUCUCUUGGAGAAACCCCUGCCACGAAGAGGAGAAUCAGGUCGGCACUUCUGUGUCCCCAAAACCUACAAGAAGAUCUGUAAAAAAGAAUGUGACCUGGACAAGCACUGCGGUGUUCUGGACCUGGAGAGGAAGAAGCUGUGCACCCGGCUACUCACCUGCAAUAUUCACUCCAUCCAUCAUCGACGAAAGGUUGUUGGUCGGAGCAAGAACUUUGACCAGCUGGUGGCUGAAUUGAAGAUGGGAUCCAAGACCCGCGAGCGGGUGAACCAGUCUAAGGAAGAUGUGGAGGAAAGUGUGGCAAGCCCCAAACCCUCUGGGGAUCACACAGGAACCGCACAAUGCAGGAGAACCCCAGUCAACAGUUCACCUAUAAGCAGGUCUAGAAUACCCUGGGAGCAUAACCGGGAAGAAGGAAGGCCAUGCACGGAGGAGCUGGAGACACAGUCCAUAUCCCCUGUGGCCCAUGGUCCACUUUCUAGCGAAGAGAGUGAGGGUGGCAUCCUUGGGGUAGACCAGGACGAGCCUGCUGACUUUCAUUCUACUCCUUGGCACCCCAGACCACUUGGGUUCUGCACGUUUGGGAGUCAUGUGCUCGGCCUUGGCGUCUUCACCUUUGACCGGCGGCUGCACUGUUUACGGUCAGCUCUCAGUGCCAUGGUGGAGAAGCACUUCUGUGCUCGACCCUGGAGGAAAAUACCUCAUGAAAUGGAGCUCCAGUCCUCACCGAUUCUGGCCCCUGGCUUCAGCACAGGUGGUGCAGUUCAGGAAGGCAAUGGUGCACUGUCCCUAAGGACGUCUCCUGUGUGCAGUCCAGGGAGGGCUACAGAGCCUCCCAACUGCUGCCCCAGCCCUGGCAUGGCUUCCGAGCUGUCGGAGAAACCGCUGGCCGGCCAGCUGGUGGCUUCACACCUCCCCAUCCACACUUCUCCAACCACACCACCACAUGGACGAUCCCGUACCUCUGUGGGCCGACCUAUCAAGCAACGGGGACAGCUGAAGGAGGCUGACCUGAUAAGCUCCUCACGUAAGCGGAAGGCAGCCUCCAAGGAAGGCCAUGGCUCUGUCCAUGACAGGAACUGUGUGCUCCCUGAACCAAGAAGGACUGUCCCCUCCCCCCAUGGACAUACCAAUGGUGCACUGUUUGCUGGUAAUAAGCCGCACAUCCCCAAGACCCCUGUAGAGCCCCAUUUGGCCUCCCUGGGGAUGCUGAAGCGUGCCUCUGCUCAUCCUCCCCCAGAGUCUGCACCCCGCAGGUUCAGUCUGCAAGGCAGGGCAGUGGGGUAUGAGUGCAGGAGCCCUGGCCGGAAGCGCAAGAGCAGCCUGUCCCCUCCCCAUAAAUCCCAUCGGACAUCUGCAGCCCCAAACUCUGGCUUCUUUUCCUGGAAGAAGGAGGGCAAGAGUCUGGAGCCUAAGCUCAGCUCGCAAAAGCCAAAACUGCACCACUGAGAGUGCCUGGCGAUAAAGCCACAAGGAACGAAGCCCACGGGAGUAUGGUGCCACUGGCUGCCAGAACAGGACUGCGGAGAUGCAUGGAUGAGCAUGAAUGUUGGACACUAGUGAGACUGUGAGACAAUGUGUGGAGAUUGUCUGUGUGUGAAUGAGGGGAAACAGAUUUUCAGUGACCCGUGUAUAAAUGAUAGAAUUACCUCACAACCUACCUAUUAUGCUGCUAAACACAAGCUGAUUCGUGAACAUGGAUUAAACAUCCUAAACACUUGAAGUCCCAGGCUUUUCUCAUUUGUAUUAUAUGAACUAUGCUUGGGGUUAUUUUUUUGUAUUAAUUCAACCAGACUGGACAGUGUCUGCUAAUUUUCAUAAAAGGUUAUGUGCAUCUGAGCAGGAUGAUCAAGAUGAUCACUGCCCUGCCCAAAUUAGGCAGGUACUAGAGUGACCAAACCCAGGGGAAGGAAUUGUAUGUUAACAUUUCUGAAAUGUCUUUUUAAAUAAAAUAUUUCUCUAUUUAAUAA